UGUGUGUGUAUAUAUACAUCUCACUUCCCUCUUUCGUUUCCAUCCAAAUGUAUUAUAUGAAGCAGUAGUGGCACUGACCAAGACAGAGAGAUGGGUCGAGGCCGAGCUCCGUGCUGCGCCAAGGUCGGCCUGAACAAAGGUUCAUGGACGCCGGAGGAGGACGUCAGAUUGAUAGCUUACAUCCAGAAGCAUGGCCAUGGGAAUUGGAGAGCUCUUCCAAAACAUGCAGUGCUUAUGUGGCUUGAAGGUUUGCUGAGGUGCGGCAAGAGCUGCCGUUUGAGGUGGAUUAAUUACCUCCGUCCGGAUAUCAAACGAGGCAACUUCACCAAGGAAGAAGAAGAAACCAUCGUCAAGCUGCACGAUUUGUUAGGAAACAAAUGGUCCAAGAUUGCGUCUUUUCUACCGGGAAGAACCGAUAACGAGAUCAAGAACGUGUGGAACACGCACUUGAAGAAGAGAUUAAUGGCCUCAUCAUCAUCCAAAGAGCCUAUUGAUCACGAGACUACUGCACUCGGAAACAAUAAUUCCGAAGAGGCGAUCAGCUCGUAUUCCUCCUCUGCUUCGUGCUAUGAGCAAGAUCAAGGCAAGACGACGGACAAGGAAGGAGAUCGUACUGAAAUUCUUAAGCCCGACUGCUCGGUCGAUGACGGGGUGAUCGAGAUCCCCAUCGACACUGGCAUGGACCUGUGGAGCUUGCUCGACGACGAUCGAUCUAACAUAACGCCGAGCUCUUCCGUUAGUGAGAUGAAUCGUGAUGACGCAUUGGGUGAUCACCUCCGCAAAGAUGGAGAGGCGGCCGAAGACCGUCAGAUUACGAUUUCUGACCUGGUGAUUGAUCCGGAUAUUUGGAGCAUGAUCGAGGAUGAUGACGCCUGCUCAUUUACUCCUCCAGAGCCGGAGACUAUGGAGGGACUUCGUUCUGAUGGGCAAUUGAGCAAUUAUACCUCCUGCGAUUGGUUAGAGUACUUGGAGGAAGAGCUUGGCUUGAGAUCGGAUCUCAACACUGCCGAAGCAGCCAUGAACAACAACCGAGAGAGCUCGAGCAAUAUGGAAGGAGAUAAUAAUGGGUCAUGUUGUUUUCAAACAAGACCCUUCUCCCCAUCCCACUUAGAUCAUGUUGACUUUAGAGUAUCUUGAAAAGAUUGACAUGGUGGAGUAGAGAGUUUGGUGAAAAUUCGUAUAUUGUAAGAGUUAUUACAGUGACAAGUUCUAAUUAGAGUACUGCUGGUCGCAGUUCAACCUUUGACGAAGUCUGUGAGUCAGUCAGUCAAAAAUGUAGGUAACCAAGGUGUCAUUUCUUGUUCAUAAUACCAUUGAUAGGAGCUGAAUCAUCC